AUGUCGGGAGAGCAGUCAUUUCGCCCCGCGAACGCUGAACUACGAGGAUCGAAGAUAGCGAGCGAACGCACAUAUAAUCCAGAUCAAGACUCCGUUGAUCGACGAUUGAAGCGACUUCGAGACCAAGUCCUUCCACUUUACCCAUUCCUCCUUACUGUCCCAACCGAUGUGCCUUUCCGUCUUGGAGGGCGCUUUGUCAACAAUUGGGCAGUGAGUGAUGACGGCCCGUUCACGCCAGAGGAACAGCAACUCCAAUACAUGACAUUCUUGACUCAUCACGACGGAGACUCCUUGUUAGCGGCUGUGGGAGAUUGGUCCGACGGUGCAGGGAACGUCAUGUCCGAUCAGCACUCUGCGCCUCAGAGUGCAGCUAGCACACCAUGUUAUGGCUCACUGAAGAAGAAAAUAAGCUUGAAUGAUUACAAGAACAGGAGAAAGCCAGGUGCCCCUUCCGAUUCUCCCGUCAAUCGACAAGCUUCUUCCCAAUCCUCAACUGCUCAAGCACCCAAUGGAAGCCAACCAAUCACCAAAGCUACCUCAUCUGUUCCCAAGAACGUGGAUCGCAAACGUCCGCUUGAAACCGAUAAUGAGCCUGUUAAAUCAGCCGGAAAGGGUCUUGUCUCCUUUAAGAAACCCAGGUUAUCUCCUGAUUCUACAGUAGACCCCAACAAAGUGGGACGACCGCGGAGCAACGGACUCCCUACCCUCCUAUCACCGACCCUGCCCCCAAGUUCAAGCAGCCCGAGACUGCCCCGGCUUCUAUCACCAACACUGCCGCCAGAUCUCGAGAAAGAGUUAUUGAUGCAAAAUACUAAAAACGCUAUUCGUGGCUCCGCACACUUGAACUCGUCCUCACCCGCUCCCAGCCGGCCAAACAAGAUAUCGAACUCUGGUUCAGUUAAAAAAUCAAUCACCUUUCAAGAACAUUCGGAUGUUGAUUCAAUCAUAACUACAAAAGGCGGCUCUCAACCAUCAUCCAAGAAUAUUGUAAUGGACCCAAUUGGUACACGACCAAACUACCACCCAAGCCAAACCAGAGCACAGUUCAUUAUCAGGUUGAAGUAUGGCAGAACGAACAGGAAGCGGGUUGAGGCCCUUUUGAAAUUUUCCGGUAAGAGGAAGAUAGGUACACCAAACUCACCCGUAAGAAGUGCUACGGAUGUUGAAAUUCCUCAUGCUUUGAAAGCCAGGCAACCUGUAGCGAAGGCUACGGUAUCCGAGCCCGGAAAUAUAUCUUUGAAAGAACGCUUGAAAGAGUCGAAACCCUCCAACACCAACGAUCAACCUCAGUCUCCACAGGCUCCGAGCCUGCAUGCCACACAUGCCUCGCAGGAGAGAUCAAACCAGAUGCUAGCAAUAUCAGGCAAAAGCUCAAAAUAUCCUGGUCAGUCUGAAGUGGUCGGAGGCAUUGGCGGGAGAAUGCCUUCCCAGCCGGGUGUGAAACAUCUAACAGAAUUGGCAACCGUUACCAAACCACCAUCCCCUCAAGCAAUUAGCGCUACUUCUCGACAAUGCGAGCGUCGAGCGUGGAAAGAUGAAUAUCAAAAGUACGGCAACCUCGGCCGAGAAUUGAAGCAUGCUGCAGAACACCAUACAGCUAAAGAUAAUGUGACUGUCGUCGACGAAAAGCUGGCAGUCGCCACAGCGGUAGAAGCUAUAAUAUGCUUCAUCUUGGCUUUCGUUGCAGAUGACCAUUGGAAGGCUCUAACUCGUCAGGUUGCAGAUUCAUCUUCAUGGCUGUCAAUCCUUGCAUAUUGGCGUGUGGUGAAGAAAAACAGUGCACCCUAUCCCCGACUACACAGUCUUUGUCUUAUUCUUGGAGCCAUCUCAUAUGAUGCAAUCCACGCACUCGAUCUGGAAAGACUUGCGGUUACAGCUCUACCCGAAGAGCAUACAGUUGUUCCCCAAUCAGGAAGUGAUGGGACAACUGUUGUACUGGACGAGUACAAGAAAGUCCGAAAAGAAUUCAACGAGUUAAAGAAUCGACUUCCAGAAUGUUACCGAGAGUCUCAGAAACUAUGGUUAGAAGGCUCACGCGGUCUUUCUGAGGAAGUGCUUGUCAGCGAAUUCCCUGCCACCUGGUUCAAACGGUCGAAGAAUUUUUCAGAGCAAGGGAAGCAACAUUUGAAAGCUGGCGAUUUAUCCAUCGAAUACUUUCUACCUUUGGCAAAAGCCAGCACGCCUUUAGAAAUCAUCAAGUUCAGUUGCGCAAUACUGAAAGAGUGGUGCACCAAGGAAGGUAUUGGCUGGAGCAGCAGACUUGAUGUUUAG